GUUCGCCUUCGUAAAUUGCGCUUGAAAAUAAGUAUGUCGCAGAGGCUGCGGUUAAUUUCUUGUCCCGUCCUAGUCCUAGUUUGUGUCGCGGUGUUGCUGCCAUAUACGGAUGGUUUGCGUGGCUUUUGGCGUGGAAAGCGGUUCCAACCCGAUUCACCGAGCCGGUCAGACGCGACGUUUCUUGCGGAAGCGCAGCUAGAAACACCUGACCUGUGGUUUAAACAAGUACUCGAUCACAACGAUCCUACCAAUGCCGAAACCUGGCAGCAAAGGUACUACGUAAAUGAUCAGUUUUUCAACGAGUCCGAUCCGUACGCACCCGUCUUUCUCAUGAUCGGCGGUGAGGGAGAAGCGACGGCCCGCUGGAUGCACGAAGGAGCCUGGAUUCACUACGCCGAACGGCACGGUGCACUGUGCUUCCAGCUCGAGCACCGUUUCUACGGCAAGAGCCACCCGACGGCCGAUCUUUCCACCGAGAACCUGCGCUACCUUACAUCGGAACAAGCGCUCGCCGAUCUUGCCUACUUUAUCGAGGCGAUGAAUGCGAGGUACCGUCUCGAUUCGCACACUAACCGUUGGAUCGCGUUCGGGGGCUCGUAUCCGGGUUCGUUGGCCGCAUGGCUGCGGGAAAAGUAUCCGUCACUAGUGCACGGCUCAAUCAGCUCCAGCGGUCCGUUGCUGGCGAAGAUCGACUUUGUCGAAUACUACGACACGGUCGUUAGCUCGCUCGGCAACUACUCGAUGCGCUGUGUGGAGGCGGUCCAGAGUGCUAUGGAACAGGUGGAAACACUGCUUAAGCACAGGAUCGGCCAGCGGACAAUAAACGAAAAGUUUGACCUAUGCGAUGCGAUCGAGAAGUCGAUCAACAAUUCGCUCGAUGUGGCCAGCUUGUUUGAGGCGCUCGCAGGCAAUUUUGCGGGAGUUGUCCAGUAUAACAAAGAUAAUAGUCCGCAUGCGUCCCUAACUAUCGACGAGGUUUGCGAUGUGAUGGCGAACACUACCAUCGGGGCCCCGGUUAGCCGUUUGGCGGAAGUCAACCGGCUGCUGCUGGCGCAGGGCAAUCAGAGCUGCUUAGAUUACGUGUACGAAAAGUCAGUUCGACAAAUGCAAAACACUUCCUGGGAAUCGGACGUGGCCAGUGGAGCGCGCCAAUGGACAUAUCAGACGUGUACCGAGUUUGGGUUCUACCAAACAUCCGACAACUCUAGUUACGUGUUUGGUGACCGCUUCCCGGCUGAGUUCUUCGUACAGCAGUGCAGUGAUAUCUACGGCGAUCGCUUCAAGGCGGACUCGCUGGCCCGAGGCAUCUACCGGACGAAUAACAAUUACGGGGCGCUAAAUCCAGGAGCCACGAAUGUCCUCUACGUGCAUGGCUCGAUCGAUCCGUGGCACCGGCUGGGACUGAUAGAGAGCAACGACGUUUUCACGCCGGUUAUCUUCAUCGACGGAACGGCCCACUGUGCCAAUAUGUAUGAGCCGAGAGAUACCGAUUUUCCGCAGCUAAAACAGGCGCGCCUAGAAAUCGAAGCCUUUAUUACGAAUUUGCUCACUAUUUGAGCUCAUAAUUUAAUGUACACACACACAAUUUAAUGUAAUAAACAUGGGAAAAUUUAUUGAAUAAAAAAAUGUCUCGCUUGCUGUUCCUGGCG